AUGGCUAAGAUAAAGAGCUCUAGAAGUAAGCAGCCACCAGAUGGGUAUGACUCAAUCAAGCCAACAUUGGACGAGUUUGAUAAUAAGAUGAAAGAUGUUCAAUCAAAAGCUUUAACAAAAUCAGGUAGAAAAAGUGAAGCUCUUUGGGAUAUUUUCAGAGUGAGUCAUCAAAGAUCGAGAUAUGUUUAUGAGAUGUAUUACAAGAAGAAGCUAAUAUCCAAAGAAUUGUAUGAUUGGUGCUUGAAGAAUAGGAAAAUUGAUGCUAAUUUGAUUGCCAAGUGGAAAAAACAAGGUUAUGAAAAUUUGUGCUGUAUUAAAUGUAUCCAGGGAUCUGAAAAUAAUAAUGGUGGUACCUGUAUAUGUCGUGUUCCAAGAGCUACGCUAGAGAAACAUGAAAAUGUCAAGUUUAGUGAAUGUAUUAAUUGCGGCUGUCGUGGUUGCGCAAGUACUGAUUGA